CCCAAAAAAGACUCAAGGAGUAACAAUGUAUGUGACCAGGCCUCUCUCUCAAUACAGAAAUAAUCCAGAAUCUCUCUUAUUACCACCUCAAGGUCCACAUUCAGGUUAUUUAGUAAUCCAAGAUGAAGAAUCUGAGACUUACUCUUGCUUCGGAUUGUGCAAAAACCGGAACCUUCUUGAUUUGCCGUUCCCUCAGAACAAAAUUUUAACUACUAUAUAUUCAACAGGUGGUGGAGAAACCCAACAGACUUAUUUACAUGAUGCUAUCUUUUUCCCUGUUUUGAAUCAACCUUUGUCCAGUAAUCGGUACUACGUGAUUGAGCCACAUGGAAAACGUAAAGGGAUGGCCCAUGCUUGUUCAAAGGAAGAAGACAAGACUACUUGCUGUUUCGGCAGAUAUAUUAAAGAUGUGAAGCCAAGACCAUUUGACUCUCAUGACAUAUAUCAGCAAUUUGAGAUUGCUAAUUAUGAAAGUGCAUGCAUUCAAAAGGGUUAUUUCAAUGCCAAAUCUGUAGCACAGGAGGCUUUCCCUCCUGACUUUCUAAGGAGAAAAGGAUGGCGAAUUAGCACCAAAACUCCUAAAAACUACACACUAGGUGAGGCUCUGGGGAUUGACUCUGCUCUUCGUGCACGCCUUCCUAGCUGGAACUUUCCAUUGUCCCACAAGAGUUCAAAAGCAGUCGUGGUAGGAAAAUGGUACAGCCCUUUCAUAUUCAUUAAAGAUGGAACGUCGACACCAAGAGAUCAAAUGGAAAAUUCAGUGUUUUAUGAGAUGACACUUCAGCAAAGAUGGGAGAAAAUAUUUGAGUGUGACUAUACUGAUCAGGGCAAUGUCGUAAUGGUAGAUGCUGUUGUUCCCAGAGAAUCUGUAUUGGUUGGAGGCAGGGAGGCUGUGUGGAAUAAUAAGAACGUGGUUGAUAACAUUAUAUGGUUUAAGAGUUUUGGGAGCCAAGUAGAAGAAGUAAGUGUAGGAUUGAGUUCAGAAAUUGUGGAGAGAAUGAAAUGGGAAGAAGAAAGAGUUGGAUGGGCUGGUGGGGAUGAAAGAGAAGUGAGGGUAAAUAGAGUGGAAGAGUUCAGAGGAGAUGCCGAAGGAUGGAAGAAGUUUGGAUGCUAUGUUUUGGUGGAGAGCUUUGUAUUGAAAAGAAUGGAUGGAAGUGUGGUCAUGACUUAUGAUUUUAAGCAUACUCAUCAAAUCAAAUGCAUGUGGGAGUAAAAUAUAUUUGGUUUCAUAAAUUUAUUUCUAGGGUUAAAGUUUUGGUUAUGUGUUGUGAAUUGGUGAAUUUUGUUAGUUUCUUCAUUUGAUGUGUAAGUGUUAAAGUGCAAGUGAUAUUUAGCUUAAAUUUGUAUAUUGUGCAGAACUGUUUGGUUGCAAUAUAAACUAUUUUAUAAUAGUAGUA